CCAGGACAACACUCACAGAGCCAGGCCAGUGAUGGACCAACAGCCAGGGCUGGCAGUGGUCAGAGUUGGUGUGAGGUUUGACUUCUGUGAGGGACAGAACGGAGGUGGCAGUGUCACCGUGCACAGGGGAGGAGCUUUGUGGGGGCUUUGCAGGGUGGUGUGUUGGGGUAGGGCUGGGCAUCCCACUGGGCUGAGCACCCUGUCAGCCCUAUCAGCCAGGAGGGUGGGCUGGGGCAAGUGGGGUGGCAAGAACAUCUAGCCUGGAGAAAUGGGGCCCAGGGGAGAGGAGGGGUGUGCUCCCUGUGGGGGUCUGUGCCCCAGGUUGUCCAGUCCCCACUGUUGCCACGUCUCUGUCCUGUCCCACAUCAUCCCAUUUGCAGCCUGGACUGAUUUGCAAUGGAGGGCCAUGUAGGACCAGGAGUUGGACUUGAUGAACCUUGUGGGUGCCUUCCAACUCAGGAUACCCCAUGAUUUUACGAUUUCCAGAUGCUUCCCAGCCCAAGCAAGGCAGAGUGGCACUGACCAGGCUGUCCAGCACCACAGCCAUCCCUGUCACACCCUGUCCUGGUGACAAACCCACAGCUCCCACUGUGAGGGAUGUCAGGAAGCCAGAGCCGGUCUGUCACCCACACUGGCUGUGGUUUGGACGCAGCGCCAGGGUUGCAGCACAGCCUCAAACCUGUACCUCAGGUUUCCCCAGCACACUGGAGGAAUGGGGCAUCUCCACAAUGAGCCAGGGGUUUAUGCUCAGGGAUGGGCAGUGUCAGGAUCAUGCCCUGGUGCAGCCACUCUGUGCCUGCAUCCUUCAGAGUGUGUCCCCCACCUGAUGGAGGGUGAUGGCCCAGGGAUCUCUGGCUGAGUCCCCCCAGAGCAGGAGGGAGCCAGGCUGUCAAUGCUGAGUUUCCCCAGCACCCUCUGUGCCGGGAUUCAGACUCAUGGCUGCAGCCCCACGUGGCUCCUGGCCCAGGACAGUUAAUCCCAGCAGCUGGAGGGCUGCAGCCCUUGGCACCCUCUGCAGCUGCGCCUGGGGGCAGCACGAGCCCAGUCCCACCCUGGUGUUCCCCUCCAUGGGCUGGGCUCCCACCCUGGUGUCCCCUCCAUGGGCAGGGGUCCCACCCUGGUGUCCCUCUCCACAGCCCCUGGAGGACCCCAUAUCUGCAGGAUAUCUGAGGAUGGAUGAUGGGUGGGCCUGGCCAUAGAGAGCAGCCCUAAAUUCUCUGUUCCCCCGCAGGGAUUGGUGCUGGCAGCGGCGGGAGCUGCAGCCAUGGAGCAGAGCCAGGCCGGGGCCUGAGGCUGCUGGAAGGAGCAGGAGGGGGUGCAGGACAUGGAGCCCCCCAACAGCAGCACGGCCGGGCGGGCAGCCUCGUGCUUCGGGGUGUUCAAUGCCAGCGAUGGCCGUGCCAGCGCACAGAACAGCAUCGCCUCGCCCUGGUUCUCCACGGCCUUCGGCCUCAUCGGCCUCUGCUCCAACCUCUUUGCCCUCUGCGUCCUGGUCAGCUCCUCCCGCAAGCUCUCCAGCCAGGCUCGCUCCUCCUUCCUCAUCUUCCUCUGCGGGCUGGUGGUCACAGACUUCAUGGGGCUGCUGGUGACAGCCUCGGUCAUCAUCCCCUACCACUUCACCAAGUUCUCCUGGGCCGAGGUCGACCCUGGCUGCCACCUCUGCAACUUCCUCGGCUUCUCCAUGGUCUUCUUCGGGCAGUGCCCGCUGCUGCUGGGGGCCACCAUGGCCGGGGAGCGCUUCGUGGGCAUCAACCGCCCCUUCUCGCGCUCCACCAGCCUCUCCAAGCGCCGCGCCUGGGCCAUCGUGGGGCUGGUGUGGGGCUUCUCCUGCUUGCUGGGACUGCUGCCGCUCUUCGGGCUGGGGCGCUACACGCUGCAGUUCCCCGGCUCCUGGUGCUUCCUCACCCUCCUGCCCGACACUGGCGACGUCAUCUUCUGCCUGCUCUUUGCACUGCUGGGCAUCCUCUCCGUGCUGCUCUCCUUCAUCCUGAACACCGUCAGCGUGGUCACGCUCUGCCGCAUCUACCACGACCGCGAGUCGGUGCAGCGGCGCCGGGACAGCGAGGUGGAGAUGAUGGUGCAGCUCGUGGGCAUCAUGAUCAUCGCCACCAUCUGCUGGAUGCCCCUCCUGAUCUUCAUUGUGCAGACGGUCCUGCAGCAGCUGCCUGGCCAGGCCCAGGUGCUGCCCACGGACACGCAGGAGAUGCUGCUGAUCUACAUCCGCAUGGUCACCUGGAACCAGAUCCUGGACCCCUGGGUGUACAUCCUGUUCCGCCGGGCCGUGCUGCAGCGCGUGUACCCCCGGCUGCCGCCCCGGGCCUCGCUGGCCUCCCUCAGCCCCUCCCUGCCCCGCAAGCUCACCGCCGCCUCCGUGCUGCAGUAGCGCUGGGGAGGGGCACGGGGCAGGGGGACACGGCCAUCCCCCCCCCACCCACCCUGGAUCCUCAUCACCUGCAUCCAGGGGCUUCUUCCCCCCAUCCCGACAGCCAAGGGGCUGUCAGGGGGCUGCUUCCCCUCCCUGUCCCCAAUAAAGCACAGCUGGUGCA